AUGCCAAAUUACAGCCAGUCAUAUAUUUUUAUGUGGACCAACCUGGAAUUUACAAAUGAAAACUUUGAAAAACUUAACGGGUUGGAGAUUUGCUAUACAGAUGACCCCAGUAAGCCCAUGCUCCAACCUAAGCUAAAAGUAAAUGGUUUUCUAUCCUACUACCAUCGAUACAAAUAUGAUUUCCCAAAAAAUCAACAAAUCUUCAAGAACAAAUUAUUCCAGAUAACCAGAGAUAACAUUCAAUACCUGAACAAAGUAUAUAGAUCACACCAGCCGGUGGACAUUGGCAUUUACGAACAAAAGCAAAUGUCAAUGAAGCAGAUUUACUCAGAAUCUGCUGUGAUUAUUGAUCUAUCUGACGAGAAAAGAUCGAGAUCAUUUUCCACAUGGUACAGCGCAGCCAAGUCAGGUUUAACGCUUGUUGAUCAAACCUGCAAAAUUCCAAAAAAAAAAGAAAACGAUGUCUCCAAAACCAAGAUAAUAUACCGCUCCCUUUGGGUUCUAAAAAGCAUACAUCGAGGAAAUCGCCUGGAAAGGAAUCAACCACAACAAUACUUCGUCUUUUUGAUGAAAGCUUCUUCCGUGGACAUGGCAUUUGGUUCAUACAACUCUGCUUCAGAUAAACUCUUUAGGUGCUCUUCACGACCUCAGACCUUACACAAAACAAUUCUGGAGCUGUAUGUUACUCAAGAUACUCUGGAGUACUUGAUCUCUAAAAUCCCAUCAUGA